AUGUCAGUGAACAUUUCUACUGCAGGAAAAGGUGUGGAUCCAAAUACGGUUGAUACUUAUGACAGUGGUGAUGAUUGGGAAAUCGGGGUUGGAAAUCUAAUCAUCGAUCUGGACGCUGAUUUGGAGAAGGACAGACAGAAAUUUGAGAUGAAUAAUUCCACCACCACCACCACCAGCAGCAGCAACCCGAAGGACUGUGGCGGUCUGGCCUCCGGUGGGGCCGGGGCUACUGCAGCCUUAGCUGAUGGCCUAAAAUUUGCUUCUGUUCAGCCCUCUGCUCCCCAGGGGAAUGCACACAAAGAGGCCGGCAAAUCAAAAGUGAAAAGGAGUAAAACUUCUAAGGAUGCUAAUAAAUCUCUGCCUUCUGCUGCCUUGUAUGGGAUUCCCGAGAUCAGCGGCACUGGCAAGAGGCAGGAAGUCCAAGGGCGCCCUGGAGAGGCAACUGGCAUGAAUUCAGCGCUGGGUCAAAGUGUGAGCGGCGGUGGCGGCGGCGGCGGCUGCAACCCAAACAGCAACGGCACCGGCCCCGGCCCCUCCGCUGUCACGGCGGGGGCGGCCUCCUGCGGGAAAGGCAAAGAGGAGAAAGCAGGUAAAAGCCAGAGCAGCCGAGGCGCCAAGCGGGAUAAGGAUGCGGGGAAAUCCAGGAAGGACAAGCACGACCUGCUUCAGGGCCACCAGAAUGGCAGCGGCGGCCAGGCCCCCGCCGGGGGGCACCUCUAUGGCUUUGGGGCCAAGAGCAAUGGAGGCGGCGCGAGCCCCUUCAACUGCGGGGGCGCUGGGAGUGGCGGCGGCGCGGCUGCAGGGGAAGUUAGCAAAAGCGCCCCGGAUUCCGGGCUCGUGGGAAACUGUGUGUUGGUAAAGAAGGAAGAGGAGGAGGAGGAGAACCACAGGCGAAUCAAGAAACUGAAAACGGAGAAGGUUGACCCCCUGUUUACAGUGCCAGCGCCUCCACCGCCGAUUUCCAGCAGUCUCACGCCUCAGAUUCUGCCCUCCUACUUUUCCUCGGCUGCAUCCAACAUUGCAGCCCCGGCCGAACAGCUUUUGGUGCGGACUCGUUCCGUGGGGGUCAAUACCUGUGACGUUGGAGUAGUGACGGAGCCCGAGUGUCUCGGGCCCUGUGAACCUGGGACCAGUGUGAAUUUGGAAGGGAUCGUGUGGCACGAAACUGAAGAAGGUGUCCUAGUGGUUAAUGUCACGUGGAGGAACAAAACCUACGUAGGGACCCUCCUGGACUGCACCAAGCACGACUGGGCCCCUCCCAGGUUCUGUGAGUCCCCCACAAGCGACCUGGAGAUGAGAGGGGGCAGGGGCCGAGGGAAGAGAGCAAGGUCUGCGGCAGCCGCCCCGGGCUCUGAGGCCAGCUUCACGGAGUCCAGAGGGCUGCAGAGCAAGAACAGGGGGGGCGCCAAUGGAAAGGGGAGGCGGGGCAGCCUCAAUGCCAGCGGGCGAAGGACACCCCCGAACUGUGCCGCUGAGGACAUCAAAGCCAGCCCGUCCUCCAGCAACAAAAGGAAAAACAAGCCUCCGAUGGAGCUGGACCUGAACUCCAGCUCCGAGGACAAUAAGCCCGGGAAGCGAGUCCGCACCAAUUCCAGAAGCACCCCCACCACCCCUCAGGGGAAACCAGAGGCUCCCUUUUUGGACCAAGGCUGCUCCUCUCCAGUGUUAAUCGACUGUCCUCACCCAAACUGCAACAAAAAGUACAAGCACAUCAACGGCCUGCGGUACCACCAGGCGCACGCACACUUGGACCCGGAGAACAAGCUGGACUUCGAGCCUGACAGCGAGGACAAGAUCUCGGACUGCGAGGAGGCCCUGAGCAACGUGGCCCUCGAGUGCGGGGAGCCAAGCACAGGCGUGGCCGCUUACGACCAGGUGAAGGCGCCCGCGUCCCCCGGCUCGGGGAACCCGGGGACCCCCAAGGGAAAGAGGGAGCUGAUGAGCAACGGGCCAGGCUCCGUUAUGGGAGCUAAAGCCGGGAAGAAUUCCGGCAAAAAGAAGGGCCUUAACAACGAACUGAGCAGCCUCCCGGUCAUCUCCAACAUGACGGCCGCUUUGGACAGCUGUUCGGCCGACGGCAGUCUGGCCGCCGAAAUGCCCAAACUGGAAGCCGAAGGUUUAAUUGACAAGAAAAAUCUGGGAGAUAAAGAAAAGGGCAAGAAAGCCAACAACUGCAAAAUGGACAAAAACCUCUCCAAACUGAAAACUGCCCGGCCCAUCGCCCCAGCCCCGGCCCCCACCCCCCCGCAGCUGAUCGCCAUCCCCACGGCAGCCUUCACCAACACCACCACGGGCACCAUCCCCGGGCUGCCCUCCCUCACCACCACCGUCGUGCAGGCCACACCAAAGAGCCCCCCGCUAAAACCCAUCCAGCCAAAGCCCACCAUCAUGGGGGAGCCCAUCACCGUGAACCCAGCUCUCGUGUCGCUCAAAGACAAAAAGAAAAAGGAGAAGCGGAAGCUCAAGGACAAGGAAGGGAAAGAGACGGGCAGCCCGAAAAUGGACGCAAAGCUGGGCAAACUGGAGGACGCCAAGGGUGCUGGGAAAGACCUGUCCGGGCAUUUUUUAAAGGACCACCUCAACAAGAACGAGGUGCUGGCCAAUGGAUUGUCAGAAUCUCAAGAAAGCCGCAUGGCCAGCAUCAAAGCUGAGGCUGACAAGGUGUACACCUUCACCGACAACGCCCCCAGCCCCUCCAUCGGGAGCGCCUCCAGAAUGGACUGCAACACCUUGGUGAACGGCCAGGCGCCCAUGGCUCCACUGCACGUGCUCACGCAGAACGGGGCCGAGAAUUCUGCAGCCAAGACCAGCAGCCCUGCCUACUCUGACAUCUCUGAUGCCGCCGACGAUGGUGGUUCUGACAGCAGGUCAGAGGGCAUGAGGUCAAAAGCCAGCUCCCCGUCAGAUAUCAUUUCCAGUAAGGAUGGCGUUGUAAAAGGGCAUUCUUCAACGAUGGCACAGUCAUCUCAACUGAAAGAGUCCCAUUCUCCCUAUUACCACGGCUACGAUCCUUACUAUUCGCCGAGUUACAUGCAUGCGGGGCCGGUUGGCACCCCUGCAGCUGGCAACGGUGGGAGCACGCAGGGCAUGAAGAUCAAGAAGGAGUCUGAAGAAGAUGCGGAGAAGAAAGACAAGGCCGAGCAGCUAGAUGCCAAGAGACUGGACCAUCCCUCAGCAUCCCUACAGCCUCAGCACCAGUCGGUGAUCACCCAGAGGCACCCUGCCCUGGCUCAGUCCCUUUAUUACGGCCAGUAUGCCUAUGGGCUCUAUAUGGACCAGAAGUCUCUGAUGGCCACCAGCCCCGCCUACAGACAGCAGUAUGAGAAAUAUUAUGAGGACCAAAGGCUGGCAGAGCAGAAAAUGGUCCAGACUGGGAGAGGAGACUGUGAACGGAAAAAUGAGCUCCCCUUGAAAGAGCUGGGCAAGGAGGACAGUAAGCAGAAAAACAUGCCAUCGGCCACAAUCUCAAAAGCUCCCUCUACUCCGGAGCCUAGCAAAAACCAUUCUAAACUAGGGCCAGCAGUGCCUAAUAAAACUGAGGAGACAGGUAAAUCGCAGCUUCUCUCCAAUCACCAGCAGCAGCUUCAGGCCGACAGCUUCAAAGCUAAGCAGAUGGAAAACCACCAGCUUAUUAAGGAGGCUGUAGAAAUGAAAUCUGUCAUGGACUCUAUGAAGCAGACAGGUGUAGACCCAACCUCCAGAUUUAAACAAGAUCCAGAUUCAAGGACGUGGCAUCAUUAUGUAUACCAGCCCAAAUACCUGGAUCAGCAAAAGUCAGAAGACCUUGACAGAGAAAAGAAAUUAAGGGAGGACAGUCCCAGGAAGACGCCCAAUAAAGAGAGUAGCAUGUCCGGCCUCCCGGUGUCCUUAACCAGCAUUAAAGAGGAGCCCAAAGAGGCCAAGCGCCCUGACUCUCAGUCCAUGGAGGAGAGCAAGCUGAAAAGUGAUGAUCGAAAGACUCCCGUGAACUGGAAGGACUCUCGGGGAACAAGAGUGGCUGUGUCCUCACCCCUGAGUCAGCAUCAGUCCUACAUACAGUACUUGCAUGCUUAUCCUUACCCACAGAUGUAUGACCCCAGCCACCCUGCAUACCGGGCUGUUUCUCCUGUCCUAAUGCACAGUUACCCUGGGGCCUAUCUCUCUCCAGGAUUUCAUUAUCCUGUUUAUGGGAAAAUGUCGGGGAGAGACGAGGCCGAGAAAGUCAAUACCAGCCCCAGCAUCAACACGAAAACGACCACUGAAUCUAAAGCACUGGAUUUGCUCCAGCAGCACGCCAGCCAAUACCGCAGCAAGUCCCCUGCUCCGGUGGAGAAGGCUACAGCUGAGCGGGAACGGGAAGCAGAGAGGGAGAGGGAUCGCCACUCCCCCUUCAGCCAGCGGCACCUGCAUACGCACCAUCACACCCAUGUGGGCAUGGGUUACCCGCUAAUCCCUGGUCAAUACGACCCUUUUCAAGGCUUGACCUCUGCUGCCCUCGUUGCCUCUCAGCAGGUGGCUGCCCAGGCAUCUGCAUCAGGAAUGUUUCCUGCACAAAGAAGAGAAUAA